AUGGGGAAGCUCGAGGACAACGAGAGGGUGAUCCUCAACGUGGGGGGCACGCGGCACGAGACCUACCGCAGCACCCUGAAGACCCUGCCGGGGACCCGCCUGGCUCUGCUCGCCUGCGAGUCCCAGAGCGAGUCCCCGGGCGGCGAGGAGCCACCGCCGCCCCCCAACCCGCCGCCGCCUCCGGCGGGCGGCUGCCCGGAGCCCGGCAGCGGCUGCAGCCCCCGGGGCAGCGGCGGCGCCAGCGAGUUUUUCUUCGACCGGCACCCAGGGGUCUUCGCCUAUGUACUCAACUACUACCGCACCGGCAAGCUGCACUGCCCCGCCGACGUCUGCGGGCCGCUCUUCGAGGAGGAGCUGGCCUUCUGGGGCAUCGACGAGACCGACGUGGAGCCCUGCUGCUGGAUGACCUACCGCCAGCACCGCGACGCCGAGGAGGCCCUCGACAUCUUCGAGGCACCCGACCUGCUGACGGGCGAGCCGCCCCCCGACGGCGACGACGACGACUUGGCCGCCAAGAGACUGGGCAUCGAGGACGUGGGGGCGGCCGCCGAGGGCAAGGGCGGGCGCUGGCGGCGGCUGCAGCCCCGGGUCUGGGCGCUCUUCGAGGACCCUUACUCCUCCCGUGCCGCCAGGUUCAUCGCUUUUGCCUCUUUAUUCUUCAUCUUAGUUUCAAUCACAACCUUCUGCCUGGAAACACAUGAGGCUUUCAAUACUAUUAUAAACAAAACUGAGCAGGUCAUCAAUGGGACAGAAGCUGUGUUACAGUAUGAGAUUGAGACAGAUCCUGCACUGACAUACGUGGAAGGAGUCUGCGUGGUAUGGUUUACAUUUGAAUUUUUAGUACGUGUUAUUUUUUCUCCCAACAAACUUGAAUUUGUCAAAAACCUCUUGAAUAUCAUUGACUUUGUGGCCAUCCUGCCCUUUUACCUAGAAGUGGGCCUGAGUGGGCUCUCCUCCAAAGCUGCUAAGGACGUGCUCGGUUUCCUCAGGGUGGUAAGGUUUGUCAGGAUCCUCCGGAUUUUCAAGCUCACCCGGCACUUCGUGGGCCUCAGGGUGCUGGGCCACACUCUGCGAGCCAGCACCAAUGAAUUUCUGCUGCUGAUAAUAUUCCUGGCCCUCGGUGUUUUGAUAUUUGCCACUAUGAUCUACUACGCAGAGCGGGUGGGAGCCCAGCCUAAUGACCCGUCAGCGAGUGAACACACACAGUUCAAAAACAUCCCUAUUGGCUUCUGGUGGGCUGUAGUCACCAUGACCACCCUGGGAUAUGGGGAUAUGUAUCCACGGACUUGGUCAGGCAUGCUGGUGGGAGCCCUGUGUGCACUGGCGGGAGUGCUCACCAUAGCCAUGCCCGUGCCUGUGAUAGUUAACAAUUUUGGGAUGUACUACUCCCUGGCCAUGGCGAAGCAGAAACUGCCAAGGAAGCGAAAGAAGCAUAUCCCUCCUGCUCCUCAAGCCAGCUCACCCACCUUCUGCAAGACAGACUUGAACAUGGCCUGCAAUAGCACACAGGGUGACAUCUGCCUGGGCAAGGACAACCAGCUGAUGGAACACAACAGAUCAUCAGUGUUAUCAGGUGAAGACAGUGCAGGAAGUGAGCAGCCACUCUCACCUGGUGAAAGGCUCCCUCCCAUCAGACGUUCUAGUACAAGAGACAAAAACAGAAGAGGGGGAACAUGUUUCCUACUGACAACAGGUGAUUACACGUGUGCUACUGAUGGAGGGAUCAGGAAAGAUAACUGCAAAGAGGUUGUCAUUACUGGUUACACGCAAGCAGAAGCCAGAUCUCUUUCUUAAUGGCUUGGGGAAGGCACAAAACAUGCAAGAAAGUGUUGUACAGAAUUUAUCAUGGAUUUUUGACUGCUGAGAAAGGGACAAUGGAAUUUAGCCAUACCAAGGACUGUACUGGAAAGAGACUGCUGCUGCUGAAUGGACCCUGAUAAACGACUCACACCUUGAGGAGGUCACUGAGACUGUGCUGAGAAGUAGAGCUUGUUAAAGAAGACGAAAGACCGCUGAUAAUUACUGCUGCCAGAGGAAGGGGUGACUAGUCACUGUUGAUGAGUCAGUGUAAAUAAAACGCGUGUGCAUGGAAUAUCAGUUUUUAGCUGUAUCAAGGAAAGCUGAAUUCAUGUCAUCAUUGCUAAGGCUCCAUGCAAAGACCCACACCCCUGUGUUUAUUAUUCCUGGUUCCUGCAGGAAGCUGUGCUGUGGAUCAUACAAAGACACGCGCUUAAUAAUGAUAGUGAUGUAAACUACAUCUGUCUUGACUUCUGUCAUACUAAUGGCAUAUAUUGCAAAAGUCACAAAUUUGAACAGAGUAGGUUUGCAUAAGUCCUUGCUUUCUCAGUUUGCCAUGACCUAAAUUGUUAUGAAUUCUAGUGUACAUGCCAAGUCCUAAGUUUACUUUUCACUUUAAUAACAAAAAUGUGACUGCAGACAACCAUCACUGACUUUGUUCACAGCACACAG